UUUUCCAAAAAAAUCAAGGUCACCGAAUAAAAUUGGCCCCACGACCCCGUUGGAACCGUGAUUCGCUUAAAUUUUCUUCGAAAAAUGGCCCCUAAACGAUCCUUCUACCGUGUCGGUGAUGCCGUUUGUGACGAGCUGCUUGGAUUGCUGGAAAUGUUCGCCAACAAAACGCUGGCAAAGCAGGACAAGUUCCGGCUCGGUGUGUCCGGCGGUUCACUGGCGGAUAUUCUCUGCGAGGGCAUGUCCGAUUUGCGGUCCGAUUUCAGUAAAUGGGAAAUCUUCUUCUGCGACGAACGCAUCGUACCGGCGACGGAUAAGGAGUCGACGUGGGGUAUCUUCAAGCGUGAUCUGGUGGAGCGAUUCGACAACGUUCCGGAGAGUGCCUUCUUUCCGGUCAAUUGCACGCUGGACGUCACAGAGGCAGCCCUCGAUUAUGAGCGUACGAUACGGAAAGCGUUCGGAUUGGCCGAAUCGUCGAAAGAGGUGCCGUCCUUUGAUCUACUGAUUCUCGGCAUCGGACCGGAUGGCCAUACGGCAUCGCUCUUUCCCGGGCAUCCGCUGCUGAGCGAGAAGAAAAAGCUGAUCGCACCGAUCGCCGACUCACCGAAGCCACCACCGAAGCGUGUCACCAUGACACUGCCCUUGAUCAACAACGCCAAGGCGUGUCUGUUCGGUGCGCAAGGCGGCGGAAAGGCGGAAAUCUUGAAGAAAAUCAUCGUCGACCGAGACCAAUCGCUACCGGCCUCACUCGUAGAACCGGCCAACGGGGAGCUUAUCUUCGUAGCUUGCGAUGCAGCGGCAGCCCUUAUCGAGGGCGAUCCCUUCCGGGGGUGCUAAACACACCCGUGCGUCUUCCGUGUUAUCGAGAGAGUUUGUUUCUGUAUCGCUAUCACAUCGGUGCCUUCGAGGGGGUUUUGAGGGGGUCGUGCAGCACAAACAGGGAGGAGCAACCAUAACAUUCACACGCUAGACUGUGGCAUUUGUCCUACGAACUGCUGACUGGCAGCAUGUUUUAUUUAAUAUUAACCUUCGUACAAUAAAUUAAAAGCAAUGGGUCUAACCGUAA